CAUUUUUUUGUUCAACACGCACAAAUAUGGCAUCGACUGCCGAAGCUGAGAUCGAAGCUCUGCGCAAACUUGUCGUCCAGCAGGGCGACCUCGUCCGCGACAUGAAGAGCAAGGGCGCCACGAAGCAAGAGCUUGCCAAGGCCGUCGCCGAGCUCAAGCUGCGCAAGGCCGCUCUCGAUGAGAAGGAGGCACUGUUGUCGCCGCCAGAGCCCGUCUUCAACCGCACUGCGUUCGACAAGGUCAUGAAGCGCCGCUUCUUCUGGACGCCUUCGUUCCAGAUUUACAAUGGUGUUGCGGGUCUGUACGACUACGGUCCGACCGGCUGUGCCAUCAAGGCCAACCUGCUGAGCCUCUGGCGCAGCCACUUUGUCUUUGAAGAGCAAAUGCUUGAGGUUGAUUGCUCCAUGCUCACCAUCGAGCCCGUUUUGAAAGCUUCCGGCCACGUCGCGCGCUUUACCGAUUUGCUCGUGUCGGACGUCCAGGACUCGACUCAAUGCUUCCGCGCCGAUCACUUGCUCGAGGCUCAUCUCGAGAAGCUCAUUGCCGCCAACCAAGACCCUUCGCUCCUUCCCGAGUACCAGAAGGUGUUGACUGAGUUGGACAACUUCAGCAAGGAGGAGAUUGGUGGCUACAUGCGAAAGUACGGCGUUCGCGCGCCCGAAACCGGCCACGAGCUGACCGACCCCGUCGAGUUCAACCUCAUGUUUCCGACCUCCAUCGGCCCCAACAGCUUGAUCAAGGGUUACCUCCGCCCCGAAACAGCUCAGGGCAUCUUUGUCAACUUCCGCAAGUUGCUUGACUUUAACAACAACAAGCUGCCCUUCGCCGCCGCCCAGAUCGGUUCGUCGUUCCGUAACGAGAUUUCCCCGCGCGCUGGUCUUUUGCGCGUUCGCGAGUUCACCAUGGCCGAGAUUGAGCACUUUGUGCAUCCCGAGAAGAAGGACCACCCCAAGUUCGCCUCUGUGGCCGACCUUGGCGUCCUGCUCUACUCGCGCGAGGACCAGCUCUCUGGUCGCAACCCGUCGCGCGUCAAGCUCGGCGACGCCAUCAAGAACGGCACGAUCGACAACCAGACGCUCGGCUACUUUAUUGGCCGUAUCUACCUGUUCAUGACCAAGAUUGGCAUCAAGGACGCCAAGCUGCGAUUCCGUCAACACAUGCCCAACGAGAUGGCGCACUACGCCAGCGACUGCUGGGACGCCGAGUGCAAGACCUCUUUCGGCUGGGUUGAAUGCAUUGGCUGCGCUGACCGCUCUGCCUACGAUCUUUCGCAACACUCUGAGGCGUCGGGCACCACUCUGAACGCUCAGCUGACUCUUGACACCCCCGUCAUUGAGGAGUACAUUGACGUCCUUCCCGACGCAUCUGCCUUUGGCAAGCUCUUCCGCAAGGAUGCCGAGGGUAUUCUCAAGUACCUGCGCGAUCUCCAAGUCAACAACCCCUGCCAGCUGGAGGAGCUGUCCAAGAAGCUUGAGGCAGACAAGAAGAUCAACCUCUCGCUCAUUCUCGAGUUCAACGACAAGGGUAAGAUUGAGAAGGCCGUUUCUGGCGACGGCCCCGGCUCGAAGCAGUUUGAGAUCCCUGCCAACCUCCUGCAACUCAAGCCCUCCAAGCGUGAAGUUUUCGUUAAGGAUUACACCCCGAACGUCAUUGAGCCCUCGUUCGGCAUUGGUCGCAUCAUCUACUCGCUUCUCGAGCACAACUUCUCGACCCCUGAUGAUGGCAAGCCUCAAAAGGAGAAGGCCCCUGCCGCCAAGGGCAAGGCUCCUGCUGACGACGAUGACAAGGACUGCAUUCUCUCGCUCCCUGCAUGCAUUGCACCCUACAAGUGCGUGAUUCUUCCUUUGAGCAACAACCCCGACUUGGUCAAGCUGGCCAAGACUGCUGCCGAUGCGUUCAACGCUAUGGACGUCUCGUACAAGGUCGACGAUUCGAGCGCGUCCAUUGGUCGCCGUUACGCCCGCACCGACGAGAUUGGUGUUCCGUUCGGCGUGACCAUUGACUUUGACACUGUCAAGAACAGCUCUGUGACCCUUCGCGAGCGCGACUCCAAGGGCCAAGUCCGUCUGAGCAUGACCGAGGCUGCCGAGACUGUCAAGCGCCUGGCCAACAACACUCUGACCUGGGCUGACGUGCUUGCCAAGUUCCCCAAGUUUGAGGGCCAGCAACAAGCUUAAAAAGUAGUUUGGUCGGUCGUUUUGGGAUUUUUUGAGCGUUGUGCAACUAUUUUUUUGUAUUAUCAUACAGCAUUUUUGGUGCCA